UUUCUCUCGCUCGCUCGCUCUCUCGCACACAUUUGCAGAGCUGGAGCUGCCGCAAAGCCCCGUCCUCCAGGGCUUCUUAAACACCGUGUUUGCUUCACGCUUCACCAAUAUCAUCCAAUUGUAGAGCGCUAAAUGCACUGAACCGACGGCCAUCGUGGGAACAGCGCCGACGAGCACAAACCGUUAUGGUUUAGGAAAACGACUGCAUCGUCAAACUGUAAAAAAAACAACAACAACAACAAAUAGAAAGAUACUGGGUUGCGGGUCAACGAGUUUAACCCCUAAUCUGCUUCGGCAUUGUUGCACUCAGGGAAGGUAGUCUAAACAAGAAGGCGUCUCGGUGAAAUGUGACCGUUAUUCCGUUGUUUUCAAUGUGGUUGGGACUGCAGCCGACUCGGUCGUUGCAGCUAGCUCGGUACGGCCGCGUUGAUGCAGCAGCGCACGGCUGUGGUGUUCAAAUCCACCACCGGAUCUGGGAAGACAAUAGGUGAAAUAUACGCCGGCCAGGACUCCCAAGACUACACUAAACGAGAGUCUGCAUCCGCUUUGGCUUCACUAGUGUCCGUGUGAGGAAUCGGGUUAGAGAGUGAAGUGACAGGCGGCAGGUAGCUGGAUCAGGAUGGCGGCCGUAGUGAACUACUCUCCGCCUUGGUGGGUGAAUCUGCUCCACCGGUUGCCUCAUUUCAACAUGGAGUUCCAGCUUGUGAGCAGUGACUUCAGACCAGAGGACUCUGAGUACCAGAAGUCCAUUUUGCUGCUUGGUGCUGUGGCGUUGCUGUGUCUGGGCCUGGACCUCCUCUUCCUCCUCUUCUACUCAUUCUGGCUUUGCUGCCGGCGACGCAAGAGUGACGAAUCCUCGCACUCCCAUUCGCACUCCCAGCAGCCCAGCGCUGACUGCUGUUGCACUGCCUGGUGCGUCAUCAUCGCCACGCUCGUCUGCAGCGCUGGCAUUGCUGUAGGAUUCUAUGGAAAUGGGGAGUCGAGUGAUGGAGCCAAUCGUUUGGCGUACUCCCUCCGUCAUGCCAACCGCACUGUAUCCGGGGUGGAGAAACUGGUGUCAGACAGCGCCUUAGCCUUAAACCAGACAGUGGAGGAGAGCUUGGUGCAGUUGGAGACAGCCUUCCAGGAGCAGACAGACUACGUGUCCAUCGUCCAAAAGCUGCAGGGACAGCUGGACGAGCUGGUGAGGCUGAUGGUGGAUGUUCCCUUCUGGUCCAAUACUGACAUUUCCCUGGAGGACUUGGCCCGCAAGACGGAGGCUUUUGAUUUUUACAGGUGGUUGGGGUACCUUGGCCUGCUGCUGUUUGAUGUACUCAUUUGUCUUCUGGUGCUCUUCGGCCUGAUACGCAACUCUAGAGGCACGCUGAUUGGAGUGUGUCUGCUGGGAGUUUUAACUCUAAUAAUCAGCUGGGGGUCUCUCGGCCUGGAACUGGCUGCCGCUGCUUCAGCCAGCGACUUCUGUGUUUCCCCGGAUACCUACAUCACCAGGGUAACCAAGGAAAACGCUGUCAUCAACCAAGAUAUCCUGCAGUAUUACCUGAGGUGCAGCUCUGGCCAAAUUAACCCCUUCCAGCAGAGGCUGUCAGGGAGUCACAAAGCAUUGGUGGAGAUGCAGGAUGAUGUGGCAGAGCUACUGAGAUCAGCAACACGUGAUUAUGCCAACACCAAGGGGAGUCUCGAGCAAAUCCAGUCUGUGCUGAAUUCCACUGAGGUUGGUCUUCACCAGCUGACUGCUCUGGUCGACUGUCGCAGCCUACACAUGGACUACGUUCAAGCUUUGACUGGGCUGUGUUAUGACGGGGUGGAGGGUCUCAUCUACCUGGUUCUCUUCUCCUUUGUCACUGCUCUGAUGUUCUCCUCCAUUGUGUGCAGUGUGCCACAUACCUGGCCUGGCAAGAGGACGGAGGAGGAAGACGGAGAGGACGAGUCGGGUGCCUCACGGGGCGGUGUGCACGAUAACCUGUACCGCGUUCACAUGCCCAGUCUCUACAGCUGUGGCUCCAGCUACGGUAGCGAAGCUAGCCUGCCCGCUACAGCCCACACUGUCAGCAAUGCCCCCGUCACUGAAUACAUGAGCCAGAACGCAAACUUUCAGAACCCUCGGUGUGAGAACACCCCCCUGAUUGGCAGGGAGUCCCCUCCACCCUCUUACACCUCCAGCAUGAGAGCAAAGUACCUGGCCACCAACCGACCGGACCAGAACCGACGCUCCGUUCCCAACGACCAACUGGACCCGGCUAGCCGGCCUCACCCCACUGCCCGACCACAAUCCUCAGUCCACUAGAGACCAGAUCCGCACCAGUCCACUGCCUGAAUCCAGUUCUCACAGCCAAUAACAAAAUCCAACUCAGCGCUCACUAGAGCUCAACCAGAGAUGAGCGUUUAAAGCACCAACAGGACCCCAAGGUCCACUGAAUUUCACCAACACUGACCGGUUCACCAGAAGCAACACAGCAAGCCAGAACCUUUACUUCUCACCCACAAUUAUCCAAAAAUUAAAAAGCCGAAGCCCAUCUUAGAAAAUCACAAUUUCUACUCCUCUUAGUGGACACACACCCCGAGCUGCUCGUUCCACCACUGCUGUGAUGGAUCAGCCCACAUACCCACAAUGCAUCGCAGUUAAAGCGCCUUGGCUCCUCUGCAGUUUCUUCUUCUACUUUUCAAUUCUCUCCUCCUCCACUCGGAUCUGUGUACUGCCCUCCAGUGGAGACAGCUACGCCACUCCCACCACUCAAUCCCCUGACAUUUUUAGUCAGACCACACACUCACACACAGACAAGUGCACACACACACACACACACACACACUGUACAGAGCUGUAAAUAGUAAACAUAUGCUUUACUCUUCAUGAAAAGUAGACUGUUGAAUCAUUACUGGUAAUGUGGUGUGCUGCGUGUUUAUCAUGAAAUUCUUUGCUGUAUCUGUCAUACAAACACACACACAAAUAGGCGGACACAUCUGUAUAAAUAAUAAGCCAGUGAAUCAGAAAGCCAUGUUUAGAUAGACACUUUAGAUAACAGUACCAACACAUCCACAUUCUCUUUAGCUUAACAUCCUCUAACUAAGACUUGAAUCGAGAGCUUGAAAAGUGUGUCCAUGUAUCUCUACAGUACACAUGUCGAUUAAUGCAUUUUGAAUAUGAGCCAGGAAUCCUGUUGUGGAAUAACUGUGUAGAAUUUUGGGAAUUGGAGCGAGAGACAAGGGACAUAAGAAGGCUCAACCUGUGCCAAAAAACUCUGAAUAAUGAGGGAUGCCUGAUUCUGUCCUCUUAUACUGCCUCCAGAUGUCUCAAAAAAGGGAAAAAACCUCACGUGGAAUGUUUUCCUUCCUGUAAAUAAUAAAGGAAUGGAAGAGACACUUGAAAAAAGGAAAAUGAUGGACAGAAAUGGAAUAAGACUCACUGAAAAUUGUGACUACACAUUUGCCAGGUGCUAUAUAAGCCAGUCAAGGUCCCAGAAGACUAUCAGGACUGAGAGGGGACAGAAAUGUUUUUUGUCACUUUAAUGUUUUGUUUUAUUUUCAUUCAGGGAUGUGAUCAGGAAUAUAAAAAGCAGUAAAAAUAAAACCGCUUGCCAUCAUUACUGAAUGGAAGUUGUGUCCCUAAACCUGAAAAAAAUAAUGUCCCUGAUAAAUAAUGUUAAUAAUGUUGACAUGUAAGUGUUUCAAAAUUAAGGAAAGUGGGUGUUUUUUUUGUUUUCUAAUAAGCUGAAAUUCGGGAUGUGAUACUGUGACCAACUAUAGUAUUCUGUUUCUUCUUCUAUACUGUUCUUUAUUCCUGUGCUUUUAUUUUGCUAACUGGUGACCUUGUUAGACCUUUAGCCACCAGUAGUGAGUCUUUUUUGUUUCUUUUUUUUACCCACAAGCACAAAUUCUCUUCAAGGUGACUUUGCGAGAUGGAGAAGUAAAACACACUGCCUGGGACACUGCCAGUGGUUUUUCCUUCUAAAACUCUCUGUACAGUGUAUAAAAACUGUAUUCGUGAAUUUGUGUGUGUGACAUCACUGCAGCGUGAUUGGCUAUUGCUCUGUCUCAGUGUUACUGUGUGUAAGUACAGUGAUCAGUGUGUCUGACUGGCAGCAAGCAAGGGCCAGCCUAUCUAGCCUGAGUCAUUUCUACACAGACGCCACGCAUGCCCUCAUACACAGACAUUGAAACACACACAGAUACACAUACACACACAUACAUGCUGUACAGACAUCCGCAUUUAAUACACACACCACAGUUUCUUAUAAAACACGUCUUUCCCUACUUUUGCCCUGUUUACAUUCACUUCUAGAGCUGUAGUAACUACACGCCCUCCCACGGCUGUGACAUCACACACUGAUAACCAUUUGCAUUAUGGGUAAUGUAGUAGGUAGAAAUUGCAUUUCAGAGAAACCUGGAAUCUAGUAAUUAGCUGAGUGAGCAGAGCCCUAACAUUCAAACACCACCAUUCCUGUACAGCAUUUUAAUAUGUUAUUAUUAAUCAAUGACCACUUCUCGUAUUAGCGAGACAAUCUUACAUGUGUGAUUUUACUAGAAAGAAAAUGUCCAUGUUAUGGUAACAAUGCUACCUAUGGUCUAGUACUUUACAGUGUUUUCUGCACCAUCGAUGCAAACAAUGUUAAGAUCUGUGGGACUAUAGUCACUGAUUAAUGGCCUUUCAUAAUGUUUUUAAACUCUUACAACACUCUUCAUAUCACAACAUGUUUUUUUAUUUUUCUCUGUCUUGUAAAAAUCAAACUUUAAAGAUAAAAUAAUAGCUAGCUGUUUUGUAGGAGAAUAAAGGCAAGAGCAGCGUUUUUCCUCUCUUAUUAAUGGUGAAUGACUCUGUCUUGCAAUGUUUUAAUAAAACUUCCAGUGUAGUCUGCACACCUGACUUAAAGUUGUAAUUGAAUUCCUGUGCAAUGCUUUCUGGGAUUUAACCAAUCUGAUACGGUAUGUCUUGAUGGACAAAAAGAUCCAUGCUCAUGUUUAAGAGUCAGUAAUGUUUGUGUGUAUGUGUGGUAUUUACAGGACUUCAAAUACACCUUUGUCCAGUUGUGACAGACAAACAAUGUUUUCUAUGGCUGUUUUUAUUUUCUGAUGGUUUAACUAAGAUAUUAAUGAUGUACAUGUCAAAACUGUGGUAAUGAUAUCAUUCAGCCUGGAAUAAAUGUUUUAAAAAAAGAAAUUAAAGCAACUUUAACGUA